CCGCGCCGGGCGCCGCCCUCCCGAGGCACGCCGGGAGCUGUAGUCUGGGGGGGCGGAGGGCGCCGCGGCCGGGGCGCCGGGUGGCUGCGGGGAGUGUCCCGUGCCCGGGCUGCGGCCCUGCGGCGGAGCGCUGCGAGGCAGCGGGGCGCCUCAGGCUGCCCUCAGGGCGCUGCUGCCUCGCCGCCCAGCCGGGAGCGGGGCGAUGUGCGGCGGCGGGCCGGCGGGGCCGGGCGGCCUGGCGUUGCUCCUGCUGGCCGCGGGGCGGCUGGCGGCCGCGGGGCCGCCGCGGCCCAGCGUGGUGCUGGUGGCCUGCGACUCCUUCGAUGGACGCUUGACAUUUUAUCCGGGAAAUCAGACUGUGGCCUUGCCUUUCAUAAAUUUUAUGAAGAAGUAUGGCACCAUCUUUCUCAAUGCCUAUACCAAUUCUCCAAUCUGUUGUCCUUCCCGUGCAGCUAUGUGGAGUGGUCUUUUCCCUCAUUUAACUGAAUCUUGGAAUAACUUCAAAGGCCUAGAUCCAGGUUAUGUAACGUGGAUGGAUCUCAUGCAGAAGCAUGGCUACCACACACAGAAGUAUGGGAAACUAGACUAUAUUUCUGGACAUCAUUCAGUGAGUAACCGUGUGGAAGCCUGGACCAGGGAUGUUGACUUCCUGCUCCGACAAGAAGGGAGACCCACGGUCAAUCUUACUGGUAGUAAGACGCGUAUGAGAGUGAUGGAAGCAGACUGGCAGAACACUGAUAAAGCAGUAAAUUGGAUAAAGGAAGAAGCCAUUAACUUUACUCAACCAUUUGUUCUUUACUUGGGAUUAAAUUUACCACAUCCAUAUCCAUCACCUUCUACAGGAGAAAAUUUUGGAUCCUCUACAUUUUUAACGUCCCCCUAUUGGCUUGAAAAGGUAACAUAUGAAGCUAUUAAAAUUCCCAAGUGGUCUUCUCUUUUAGAGAUGCAUCCAGUAGACUAUUAUUCAUCUUACACCAAGAAUUGCACAGGAGAGUUUACAAAGCAAGAAGUGAGGAAUAUUAGAGCAUUUUAUUAUGCUAUGUGUGCAGAGACAGAUGCCAUGCUUGGUGAGAUUAUUUCAGCUCUGAGAGAUACUGGGCUUCUUAAAAGAACAGUCAUCAUAUUCACUGCAGAUCACGGAGAACUUGCUAUGGAACAUCGGCAGUUCUAUAAAAUGAGCAUGUAUGAAGGAAGUUCCCAUGUUCCUCUUUUAGUUAUGGGGCCAGGCAUCAAACAGCAGCAGCAAAUAUCAAAUGUGGUAUCUCUUGUGGAUAUUUAUCCUACUAUGCUUGAUAUAGCAAGAAUUCCUGUCCUGCAGAACCUCAGUGGAUAUUCUCUUAUGCCACUGUUACUUGAAGUGGCAGAAAAUGAAGUGUCGUCUAGAAGGCCUCGGCCCCCAUGGGUAUUAAGUGAGUUUCAUGGCUGCAAUGUGAAUUCUUCCACAUACAUGCUCCGAACUGACAAAUGGAAGUAUAUCACGUACUCAGAUGGCCAUUCAGUACUACCACAACUUUUUGAUCUUUCUGCUGAUCCAGAUGAGCUAAAAAACGUUGCCAUGAAAUUCCCAGUAGUUGCACAUUCCUUGGACAAAAUACUUCACUCUAUAGUAAACUAUCCAAAGGUUUCUUCUUCUGUUCAGGAGUAUAAUAAGAGACAAUUUAUCAAUUGGAAACAAAGUCUGGGUCAGAAUUACUCAAAUGUUAUUGCCAACCUCAGGUGGCAUCAAGAUUGGUUAAAGGAACCAAAAAAAUAUGAGGAUGCAAUUGACAAGUGGCUCAGUCAAAAGCAACACUAAUAAAUAAAUAACCUAUUGACUCUAUGCAAAAAAACCCAGAUUUACUACAACGGAGGAUAUGAAAACAUUAUAUAUUUGCAAUAGUAGUGCUGUAUUUCAAGUAUUAAAAUUACAGUGCUAUAUAAGCUAUUUAAGGAAAAAUGCCCCCCAAAUUAUAUCUUUGUUUUAGAAAGUCAAAAGCAUUCUAUACAACUAGCCAGCUCCCCAAAUCUAGAUUGUACCAGAUGUUGUUAUUCUGUAACACUGAAGUAUAUAUAGGAAAGAUAGUGGAUAAGUAUUAAUUACGUGUAUGGAGUAUUACAGCUUACUGCAAAAAUGCACAAAAUAUUAUGCAUUAAAACCCAAUAGGAAUUUGCAUUUGUAAGGACAGACGAAAGGAAGGACUACAAAAUUUAGUUUAUUAUAACGGAUUAUAAUGAAAUGUGCUGGAGCUAACUUUGGAUCAAGACAGAUUUUAAAUCCAUAAUGAGUACACAUUCCUCCACCUUAGAGAGGCUGUAGAGGUUAAAAUUUAAUCAAAAAGAUAACAGCUAGUAUUGGUCUGAACAUAAAUGCAGUUUAGUCAAGCAUUUAUCAUGUCAGCAUUCCCUUUCAUACAUCAGUGAUUUUCUGUGCUUUUAAGAUGUGCCUUCUAAUCUCUGCCUUUUGGAUCUGGUACUUAGAACUCCUUGCUGUUCAGAAUUUCCUAAUACGCAUUGUUGACUGUUCAGUGAACAUGUUUAAAAAUGAAGCAGAAAUUGGUCUUACAUACUACUGGAAAUUAAAAAAAAAAAAAAAAACAAACCUAACCAAACUUGUGACUAGACCUGUUCUCUGGGUAAUGCUAGUGUGUUUGCACAGCAUAAGACAAAAAUGGAUUGAAUAAAUCCCCAUUCUGCUGUUUAGAUUCUGCAAGUAAAUGUUAUGAAUGAGUGCAGAAGUGGAACCUGAAAUGUAUACAGAAGGGAUACAGUUGAAGCUUGAAGAAAAAAUCAUCAUAAAAAAUACUGGGUUUCAUUUUUCCAGGGAUGUGACAAAAACAAAGCAGUUUUCAAAAAGGUAAGAUUUAGCUAAUAACUCUACCUUCCGUUUAAUGAAAUGCAUACUUGUAGCAGCACUUGCAUUUGCUUAUUCUUGAAUACAGAUGUUGCUGCUAUAGUAACAGCUCAGGAUGACUUUACACUUCAUACCUACAUGCCAUCUGGAAUCUAUAACGAAAUACUCAGCAGUAAAAGUAAGCUAGUAAAAAUAAACAUGAAAAAUGCAUGUAUUUUAUGAUGGCUAAGCACUGUACAUGCAUUUUGUAAACUACUUGCUACACUAUAAUUAGGUACAUAUUUAUGUAUAUUUUAGCUGUGUUAUAUUUGUGCAGUCAUAGGACGUUAAGGCUAACCUUGCACUACCAACAGCUAUGUUAGCAUUUUCUCCUUUUAUUUUUGAGCAAAGAACAAAUUAAUAGUGCAAAUAAACCUUUAUGCCCUGUAGUACAUCAUUAUAAUUCUUUCUAAAAAUGAGUUCAGAUGGAAUCAUUUCAACAUAAACCACAUCUUAGCAAUGUAAUGUAAACUAGCUGUGCAAAUUGAAAUAAGAAAUAUACCACUGUGAAUGCUCAGACAGCAAGAGAAGGAAUAAAUUAAGUGAUCACUCUCCAAAGUUCUGGACAGAAUGCAAUAUAUUGUUCAAAAUACAGCAAAAUAAAAUUAUUGUAAGCCUUUA